CCGACCGAUGACUUUUAUUUUGAAUGUGUUUUAGUGGGCGUAAAGUGUCCUGCAAUGCAUGACUGUCCAUAGAUAUGUGUAUAUAUAGUUAUGUGACUGUACUGUAUCUGUUACUAGCAGUAACCUGUAAUGUCUGGUAUCUUUAAGGCAAUGUCGAAGUUUCGUCUGGCUGUGGUGCAGUUACAUGUGUCAAAGAUUAAGGCUGACAAUUUAGGAAGAGCACAAAAACUUGUGAAGGAGGCUGCAGGCCAAGGUGCAAAAGUUGUGGUCUUACCUGAGUGCUUCAACUCCCCUUAUGGAACCGGGUUCUUUGCUGAGUAUGCUGAGAAGAUCCCAGGAGAGUCCACAGAGGUGUUGUCAGAGGCAGCCAAGGAGUGUGGGGUCUAUUUAGUGGGAGGUUCCAUUCCUGAGGAGGAUGGAGGGAAGCUCUAUAACACCUGCUCAGUUUUUGGACCUGAUGGAAAGCUGCUUGUGAAACACAGGAAAAUUCAUCUCUUUGACAUUGAUGUACCUGGGAAAAUACGGUUUCAGGAGUCUGAAACACUAAGUCCAGGAAACAGUUUAUCCAUGUUUGAAACCCCAUUUUGUAAAGUAGGUGUUGGAAUAUGUUAUGACAUCAGGUUUGCAGAGCUUGCACAGAUCUAUGCCAAGAAAGGUUGCCAGCUUUUGGUAUAUCCUGGCGCCUUCAAUAUGACCACAGGACCAGCUCACUGGGAGCUUCUGCAGAGGGGGAGGGCAGUAGAUAAUCAGGUAUAUGUGGCCACUGCUUCACCAGCAAGAGAUGAGACCGCCAGCUAUGUGGCCUGGGGUCACAGCUCUGUAGUUAACCCUUGGGGGGAGGUAAUUACCAAAGCUGGGUCAGAGGAAUCUGUUGUAUAUGCUGACAUAGACCUGCAGUAUUUGGCUGAUGUGCGUCAGCAGAUCCCAAUCACUACACAGCGACGGAAUGAUCUAUACAGUGUUAACAGUGCUCAGGAGGGCUGAACACUCGUACAGACGAAGCACUGCAGUGGACAUUAAGUCUUGAUUCAUGGCAGACUUAGUCAGCAUUUUGUCAGGUGUUAGAGAGAAGCCUUCAUCAGUAGAAUGUGGGGAAUCGCACAACAAAGAUGUUUUAAUUAUUGUGAUCAACAAGUGCCUCAUAAUUUGCACACUUGCUGAUGCUCUUACAAUGAAAAAUAAUAUUUGGAAUAAAAUUUAAAUUAUUAAAAUCUUAA